CAGUCUUCGCAGCUGUAACUGGGAGCGACCAUCGAAGCACGCAGCGUGCGACAUGUCAGCAGGUGAAAGCCCGCAUGGCCGCCAGCUCGCUGCCGCCAUGUCCACGAGGAGUCGAAGCAGCAGCCUCAGUAAGAGCAGGCUGUGGACGGUGCCAGAGACGGCGCUGCCCAUGGAGACCCAACACCAGCAGGACAAACUGUCCUCGGAUGAGCACCAGCAGCACGCGCGCGACCUGCGCAGGCAGUACUCGGCCGGGCCGGACCCCGCGGCCGAACCUGACGAGCAGGAGGUGGACGACAGCGACGGCGGCUACGGCUGGGUCGUAGUCUUCGCAGCGUUCGCCACCAACUUCAUAGCGGACGGCGUCACCUUCACAUUCGGCGUGCUCUUCGUGGACCUGCUGCGCGUCUUCGGCGAGGCCAAGAGCCACACGGCGAGCGUGGGCGGCCUCUUCAUGGCCAUGCCGUUGCUCGCCGGACCCGUGGCCAGCGCGCUCGCCGAGCGCUACGGCUGCAGGGUCGUGUGCAUGGUGGGCGCGGUGGUGGCGGCGGCGGGCAUGUCUGCGUCGGCGUGGGCGCACUCGAUGGCGCAGCUGCUGGUGUCGUUCGGCGUGGUGGCGGGCGCGGGGCUGGCGCUGUGCUACGUGGCGGCCGUGGUGACGGUGGCGCUGCACUUCCGGCGGCGGCGCGCGCUCGCCACGGGGCUCGCCGUCUGCGGCUCGGGCAAUGGGCACGCUCGCCUUCGCGCCGCUGUCGGCGCGCCUGCUCGAGUCCCUCGCUGGCGGCCCACCGCGCUCGCGCUCGCCGCCCUCUUCCUGCACAUCGCAGUCUGCGGCGCGCUCAUGCGGCCACCUCAGCGCAAGAAGAAAAAUAUUCAGUCUAAGAAGACUAAGUUGAAAGGAGAGUUGGUGCAAAAUAAACCAGAAACAAAAGAACUUUUAUCAGGUCUUCGUGAGACUUCUACCAAGCAGUCUGUACAACGUGCCAUUAACCCUGCUGUGAGAGCAGUGGCGAGGAGUGAAAAUGAGAAUAGGCCAUUCCAUUCUGUUCUCAACAUUCCAACUUGGGUUCAUGCAGGUGACCAACACCUGCCACCUGAUGUGGCAGCUAGGGCCAAGCAAAGGGAACCACUUUCUCCACCUCCACCACGGGCUAUAGAUCGCCAUCGGCAUUCGCUGACAUUUCGGGGUGCUCUUCUCCCUACACAAACUCAAAGGACACUGUCAUGCCCUAACCUGUGGUCAGAGCCAAUUUUUUUGGAGUAUAAGGAGCAAGAACAACCAUGCUUGAGUGAAAUGGUUGGGAUCCUUGCAGGCAUGGUGGAUGUUUCCCACUUUGCAGAUGCACGUUUCUCAUUGUUUGCAGCAUCCAACUUCUUGCUGUAUACUUGGUAUGAAGUUCCAUAUGUCUUCCUCACAGACCGGGCAGUGGAAAUGGGUAUCAGUGAAAAUGAUGCAUCACUGCUUAUCAGUGCACUGGGACUGCUGAAUAUGGUUGGAAUGGUGAUACUUGGGUGGAUGGGUGACAGACCUAAAGUGAAUGCUGUUGCUGUCUAUGCAGUAUGCAUGACUGUAUGUGGUUUGUGCACUGCUGUUGUACCACUAGUGCAUACAUACAUAGGUUUGAUGGUCAUUGCAUGCAUAUUUGGUCUCUCAAUCUCUGCAAAUUACACACUUGCAUCAAUUAUUUUGGUGGAAAUGGUAUCACUAGAAAGAUUCACAAAUGGCUAUGGCCUUCUAUUGCUUGUACAAGGUCUUGGAAAUAUAAUUGGGCCACCUCUAGCAGGUUGGCUUUAUGAUAUUUCUGGAAGUUACGAUCUGUCAUUUUAUUUAGCGGGACUAUUUAUAAUUUUAUCUGGUCUCCUACUUUUUGUGCUGCCUGUGUGUAGAUGGUGCAAAAAAUUGAAGAGUUUGAAGAAUGUCAGUGGAAAUGAAACAAUAACCUAAGCAGUGUGAUGUUAGUGCUUAGAUGUUUGCUAGUCACCAGCUUUUGAAAAUACCAAGGACAAUUGACAUUGCUGAAACUAGUUUUAGAGUGCCUUGUAUAAUGUUUAAUAUUAUACAAAAAUUAAUAACUUAUGGAGUCAUAUUAGUUGCUACUUGUUACUGUAAAAGUCAUAAUUUUACUCUGUAAAAUUGAGAUUUAAAUAAUUGUUAAAUACAUGCUCAUAUUUACUGAACUUUGUUUACUGAAGAUAGGACUGCCUACAUUCAUCAGACUGUGAAACUAGUAAAUAGUGUUCACUAAAUUCUCAACAACUGACAUUGGUUUCAUCCAUUCACUAUUGAUUGGGUGCUUGUCAGUGAUAGAUUUGUAAAACCUACUUUACUUCCUUUAGACUAGAUAUUUUGUAUCACUGUGCUUUAUAUUUACCUCCUUUUAGUAGUUCUGCUAAAAUUGCACACUCUCCAGGGGGCUUGCAAUACUAGGUUCCUCAAUUUCAAACUGGGUUACUGUAAAACAGUUUUUUG